GGUCAAGCUGCAACGAAGAAACCAUUGCUAGAUUCUACACAAGUACACAUAGACCUAACUCACGCACACGCCUAUCUCGUCUGAAAACAACCUCCGGCCGGCAAGACGUACGGUAACUGUUGUCUUCUUUCGGGUCUGAUUAAGAGUGGUGCCUGUCAAAUGGGGAAGAAGAGAACAUCAGCAGCACUCAAAGUACAAGCGGAGGAAAAGAAACCCAAGGUAAUGGUUAAACAUGAGACAUCUGAGGAGGAAGAAUCAGGCGAAGAAGAAACACAAGAAAUUGAAGAAUCUGAGUCUGAAGAAGUAAAAGAGGGUGAUGAAGAAGAAAUUGAAGAGGACGAGGAAGAAGAAGAGGAUGAGGAUGAGGAAGAAGAAGAAGUGGAAGAGGAAAAGGAAGAGGAAGAGGAGGAGGAGGAGGAAGAAGAAGAAGAAGAAGAAGGUGACGAGAGUUCUAAAAAGGAGACACUUAGGAAGCUUUUAGAUCCCUUGCCGAAAGAUAAGAUUGUUGAGUUCCUGAAAGAAGCAGCCCUGAAUGACCAUUCAAUAGUGGCUAGCCUCACCGAAACUGCUGAGGUGGACCCUGCUCACCGUAAGAUCUUUGUCUACGGCCUUGGCUGGGAUGCCACCUCUGACCAAGUACGUUCCGUCUUCAAACAAUAUGGUGACAUUGAAGAAUGCAAAGUUGUAACAGAUAAGGUAACCGGGAAGGCCAAAGGAUACGGCUUUGUUCUCUUCAAGACCCGAAAAAGUGCAAAAAAAGCCCUCAAAAAGACUCAGAAGAAGAUAGGAAGUCGCAUGGCCUCUUGCCAGUUAGCUUCUGCAGGGCCAGCUGGACCCAAUAACAACCAGCCAACUGUUAAAGCAGAUCCAACCGGACGAAAGAUCUUUGUUGCAAAUGUCGCUUCCCAUGUGAAUCCAAACGCCCUUCGGUCCCACUUUGCCAAGUUUGGAGAAAUUGAGGAAGGCCCAUUGGGGAUCGACAAUGCAACUGGAAAGUUCAAAGGGUUUGCAAUGUUCGUAUACAAGACAGCCGAAGGGUGCAAGAAGGCUUUGGAGGAACCCAAUAAGGUUUUUGACGGUUGUCAAUUGCAGUGCAGACAAGCGGUGGAUGGUCAACGUGCAAACAGAAAUAUCAAAAAUUUCCCAUUGGUUACACCUACUGGUCCUGGAAACCUUCAGCAAAGUGACAUUGCGAAUCUGGCUUAUGGUUAUGGCGCACUGUAUGCUCCUCAGCUUAUGAAUCCAGUAGCCGGAAUUAUGGUCGGCCAAAAUCCAAUGUUGGUUUCUGCUUUGAAUCAGAAUAGUAUAACUCCAACACCACAGUCAUUCGGCAUCAGUGGUGGUUACGGGAUCAACACAGUGAGCCCAAGCAUGAUUGCCAGUUAUGGUUCCCAACUCGGGUCACCUAGUCUGGGGGAAUACCAAAAUUCUCAGGUGGGUCGUUCUUCUGCUGGCACAACAUCAGCAGCACCGGCAGCUCGGCAACAAUCUGGAGUUGGGUCUUUGGGUGCCAAUUUUCCUUCAUACCUUGGCCGUUAGUUUAUACCGAAUAACUGAAUUUCCUUCUUAGAAUAUUUGUUGUUUAAUCUUUUACUGUGAUUGGAAAAAGACAUUUUUGUUUCAAUAUGUUUUGUUGGAAAGAUGCAUUUUAGGUGGUUUGAA